AUGCCUUCAAAUGAAAUUGAUUUGACGGAAUAUGAGGUCGUGUGUGAGAGCAAUCGAGGACUUGGUCAACUCUUCUACGAUCAAGUCCACCGAAAUUCCACAUCCCUCGCUGUUUUUGAUGGCCAGGUCUCCUUCACAUACAACGAGCUACAUGUCAAAGCCUGCCAAAUCGCCCAAAAGCUGCGACAACUUGGUACAAUGAAUACCGAAGAGACUAUUGGUAUUGUUGUUCAGCAUGGAUUUGCCGAUGUCGUCGCUCAGAUGGCCAUUAUAUAUGCUGGAGGCACUUGUGUGCCCUUGGAUCCAAACCUCCCAGACAAGCAGAUUCGCAGUCGACUGGACAAACUCCAUUCAAGAUCCAUCAUCGUGGAUCACGCAAACAAGACCCGGGACCUACCAGAGCCUCAAAUCUGUAUUGAUGACUUUCCCUCUACGGCCGCACUUGAAUCCUCCGAAAGUGAACAAUCUCCUAUUGUGACUGAACUCUCUCAUCGCACCCAUAUCAUCCACACAUCAGGCACAACCAGCGAGCCCAAGGCUGUUCAGAUUAACGCGAAGUCUAUUCUUCAGGUCGUUUUCCACGCUCCAUUUGAGCCCGUGCACGAGGAUGACGUUGUCGCCCACGUCAAUAAUAGCAGUUUUGAUGUUGCCUUGUUUGACGUUUGGGCUCCAUUACUUCGAGGAGCCUCUAUUGCGGUGCUGAGCAAACCUGUUUUGCUGGACUUGCCUCUUAUGGCCAAGCAUAUCGAUAUGCUUGGGAUUACCGUUAUGGCCACCACUACUGCGCUUCUCAACCUAGCUGCAUCCACAUACCCUCGUGCAUUUUCUGGGUUGCGACUUUGCUUCAUCGGAGGCGAAGCAGCUAAUGUGGCUGCAAUCAAGACCAUUUUUAGUGAAGGUCCCCCAAAGACGCUGAUUAACGCGUACGGCCCGACAGAAUGCUGCAUUUUUUGUUUGGCUCAUCGUGUCACUAAAGAGGAUGUGGAAAAUGGCUCUGUGAGCAUCGGUAUGCCUAUUGGGCAGACUAUCGCGUAUAUUGCAGAUGAGUCAGGCAUGAUGUGCGAUGAAGGCGAGUUGUGGGUUGGGGGUGCUGGUGUCUCUUCUGGCUAUGUUAACCAAUCCGAGAAGAACGCGGCCUCAUUUGUUAUUAUCGAUACUAUUCUCGAUGCAUCUGGUCAGCCAACUCGAUUCUAUCGUACCGGUGAUAUUGUGCGCCGUCACUCUGAUGGCCAAAUUCACUACAUUGGUCGUCGUGAUCAUCAGGUAAAGGUUCGAGGGUUUCGUAUCGAGCUUGGGGCUAUUGAGAAUGCUUUGCUACAAACCGGCCAGUUUUCGGAAGCCGUGGCCCUUAAGAUCAAAAUCCCACAGGAGGGCGCUGGGUCCAUUCUGGUUGCAUACGUGACUCCCGCUGAUCCAGAAUCCCCUCCGGAUAUCACUGAGGCAUUGGACUCACUACGAGCAACAACUCUUCCAGACUAUAUGAUUCCACAGUUGGAGCUAGUUUCUACACUACCUCUCAACAGUCAUGUCAAAGUGGAUAGAAAAGCCUUGGAGGACAAGUUUUGCGAGCGAUGGAAAUCCCAACACCAGUUGCAUGUCAUUUCUCAUUCACUGUGCAAGGAUACUCGGUCAACCUUGGCGGGUCUUUGGGCAAAUAUCUUAGCUAAUCCCGUGGCAUCCUAUCGGAAUGACGAUGACUUCUUCCAGCUAGGCGGCACUUCCCUUCAAGCAUCACUUUUGAUUGGCCAAAUGCGAAAGGCCUUCUCAUCUGAGAUAUCUCUUCUGAGUCUUUACGACAAUUCGACCUUUGAAGCCCUAGCUAACCUCAUUGAUCAGCGCCAGGGGGGCAUUUUUGAGACCAUCCGCAACGAGAGUGAUAUCUGGGUGGGUGAUACAAUGCUUGCUGAUGAUUUACCCACUCCCGGUAGCUCAGUGAAUUGGCUUGAUGAAACUGAGGGCCGGAUCUUCUUUACUGGGGCUACGGGCUUUGUGGGUGCAUUCAUGCUCGCAGAUCUGCUACGCAUGCCGAACAUCCACCAAGUUGGCUGCCUAGUUCGCGCCGAAAAUGCCGCGAUUGGUAAAAAUCGGCUGCGUGCUGCUUUGAUCAAAUACAAUCUCUGGGAUGAUGGCUUUGAGUACAAAUUGCUGGCAUUCCCUGGCUUGUUAGAGGAUAAAUAUCUUGGUCUAGGACAAAUACGCUUUAAGCAGCUUGCAGCUUGGGCAAGUGUCGUUUUUCAUCUAGGUGCAAGGGUUAACUACACCCAGCCUUACUCCCUUCAUCGCCCGGCAAACACUCUUGGUACCGUUAACGUUGUGCGCUUUGCUUGUGCGGGAAGAUCCAAGGCGGUCCAUUACGUUUCUAGCAUCUCUUGUUUCGGGCCCACGGGAUUUAUAACUGGUGCUACAUCAGUGGAAGAGGACGAAAGUCUCAUGACGCAUCUUCCUGCUCUGCCGUACGAUCAUGGAUAUGCGCAGAGUCAAUGGGUUGCAGAGCAGCUUCUACGUCGACUGAUGGACCGCGGGUUUCCAAUCGUGAUUUAUCGUCCCGGAUUUAUUACUGGACAUAGCGAGACUGGCGCAUGUAACCCAGACGACUUCUUCAGUCGUCUUAUACUAGCUUCCCUGGAGAUGGGUUGCUAUCCAAGGUUACCGAACCAGCGCAAGGAGUUUGUUCCGGUUGACUAUGUGAACUCUACUAUCCUACAUAUCGCUGCAUCUAGUGAUUCUCUUGGUCGUGCCUUCCACAUCGUACCCCCUAGCAGACAUGCUUCUGUUGAUAUGGACUCCACUAUGGAGCUUAUCGGGGAGGUUUCUGGCUCUCCCAUCAAAGGCAUGUCAUAUUCAGCCUGGAUCGCACGUCUCUCUGCAAACACACCGGAGAGAUUACAGCCACUGGUACCUAUGCUUGCCGAACAUGUGCAAGAUGGACUUACUCGGUGGGAACUUUAUGAGAACAUGCCCCUUUAUCAAACCAAUAACACAAGAAAGGCUAUGGCAGACUACCCUGGCGGCUUGGAGUUCCCUCCCCUCGAUUCUUCACUGAUGCGAAAAUAUCUGAACUAUCUGAAGAGAUCUUGA